AUGAGCAGCAAGGAGUCGACGGUGGGCCUGUCCAGCCAGUACGUGGGGCCCUACCGGCUGGAGAAGACCCUCGGGAAGGGCCAGACAGGACUGGUGAAGCUGGGCGUCCACUGUAUCACGGGACAGAAAGUGGCCAUAAAGAUUGUGAACAGGGAGAAACUCUCUGAAUCGGUUCUCAUGAAGGUGGAGAGAGAAAUAGCUAUUCUUAAACUAAUAGAGCAUCCUCACGUUCUGAAGCUGCACGAUGUCUAUGAGAAUAACAAAUACCUGUACCUGGUGCUGGAACAUGUGUCCGGAGGAGAGUUGUUCGACUACCUGGUGAAAAAGGGACGGUUGACGCCCAAGGAGGCCAGAAAGUUCUUCAGACAAAUCAUCUCCGCCCUCGACUUCUGCCACAACCACUCCAUAUGCCACAGAGACCUGAAGCCAGAGAAUCUUCUCCUGGACGAGAAGAACAACAUCAGGAUCGCAGACUUCGGCAUGGCGUCGCUACAGGUCGGGGACAGUCUACUGGAAACCAGCUGCGGGUCCCCUCAUUACGCCUGUCCAGAGGUCAUACGGGGGGAGAAGUACGACGGUCGCAGGGCCGAUGUCUGGAGCUGUGGAGUCAUCCUCUUUGCUCUUCUUGUGGGUGCUUUGCCCUUUGACCACGACAACCUGCGGCAGCUCCUGGAGAAGGUGAAGAGCGGAGUGUUCCACAUGCCUCACUUCAUUCCUCCGGACUGCCAGGCCCUGCUCAAGGGAAUGAUAGAAGUCAACCCGGACAAGAGGCUCACGCUAGAAGCAAUACAGAAACACGCCUGGUACCAGAGCGGCCGUAACGAGCCGUGUCCGGAGCAGCCGGCGCCGCGACGCGUGUGCGUGAAGAGGAUCCUGUCCCUCACGGACCUGGACCCCGACGUGCUGGAGAGCAUGUACUCGCUCGGCUGCUUCCGGGACCGGGUCAAACUCACACAGGACCUUACAAGUGAGGAGGAGAACCAGGAGAAGAUGAUCUACUACCUCCUGUUCGACCGGAAGGAGCGAUACCCCAGCUGUGAGGACGAGGACCUGCCGCCCAGGAAUGACCUCGACCCUCCCAGGAAGCGCGUGGACUCGCCCAUGUUGACUCGUCACGGCCGCUGUCGUCCCGAGAGGAAGAGCCUGGAAGUCCUCAGUGUCACGGACCAGGGGUCUCCCACCCCACCUCGCAGGGCUCUGGACACGAGCGCACACAGCCAGAGGUCUCGUUCAGUCAGCGGAGCGUCCACUGGUCUGUCCUCCAGUCCCCUCAGCAGCCCCAGGAGUCCGGUCUUCACUUUCAGCCAAUCAGAAGUCACCUCCACUUCCGCUCCCUCCUCCAAAGACCCCAAACCAGGAAGUGCCGCCACCAGCGCUCGGCCCACCCGCCCGGCGCCUGACCCCAAAACCAUGACCCUGCCCUCAAAGGGCCCCACUGAACGGCACCAGCUUCACUCCAUGAAGUCCCUCCCUCUCCAGACUCCACGCUCCCCCUCCCCGUCUCCGUCCCCGCUCCUGUCCCCCAUCCCACGCUUCUUCAACUUCCCCUCGCCGUCUGUCUUCAAGUCCAAGAACUCCCAGUCGUCCUCUAACUCCUCUGCCACCCCUCCCCCUGUUUCACAGGUCACGCCUCAGGGCUCGCCGCUGCCCACCCCGCUGGGCACGCCCGUGCACCAAAUCCAACACCCUUCCUCCACCACCCCUCCCUCUUCCUCCUCCUCGUCUUCUUCUUCCAGAGCCGACGGAGGCGGCGGGGGGGCCUCCCUGUCGCUGACCCCGCCCUCCAGUCCGGGCGGCAGCGGCGGCAUGGCCGCCUCAAGCUCCGCCCACUGGAGAACAAGGCUCAACUCGUUCAAGAACAACCUGCUGGGCUCGCCGCGCUUCCAUCGGCGCAAAAUGCAAGUCCCCACAUCCGAGGACAUGUCCAGUUUGACUCCAGAGUCCAGUCCAGAACUGGCCAAGAGGUCGUGGUUCGGUAACUUCAUCAGCCUGGAGAAGGAGGAGCAGAUCUUUGUGAUGAUCAGAGACAAGCCGCUCAGCUCCAUCAAGGCUGACAUCGUCCACGCCUUCCUCUCGAUCCCGUCCCUCAGCCACAGCGUGGUGUCUCAGAACAGUUUCCGGGCAGAGUACAAGUCCUCCGGCGGCCCCUCUGUCUUCCAGAAACCUGUCAAGUUCCAGGUGGACAUUGCUUUCUCAGAAGGAGAGAGGGAGCGAGAGAGGGAGCGAGCCGAGAGGGAAGGAAGGAGACAGAUGGGAAUCUACAGCGUCACCUUCACGCUAGUAACAGGUCCCAGUCGCAGAUUCAAAAGAGUUGUGGAAACCAUUCAGGCUCAGCUGCUGAGUACUCACGAUCAGCCGUCUGUGCAGGCACUGGCUGAUGAGAAGAACGGUCAGCUGACUCGCCAGCCCAGCACUCCCUCGCGUCAAAACUCCCGGCGUUCCGAAAGUGGAUCGGACCGGGAGCGGGGGGGGCAGGGGGAGCGGGGGGAGCGGGGGGAGCGCCCGGCGGACGGAGGAACCGGAAGUGGGAGCAGCAGUAGCACCGUCUUACAAAGGCGAGGGUCAGGGAAAGACAAGACCAGACUCCUCUCGUCGUCCAAUGGGACGCAGUCUCAUCCCUGAGAAGAAUGUUGUGGAGGAGAGGCCUUCCUCUCUUCCUUCCCUCUGUCCUUCCCACCUUGUUUCCUUUCCUGUUUCCUUACUUUCUGCCUUUGCCUCCUGCCGGUACCCUCGAGCAAAGGGAUGGAGGCGGGGGAGUUUUUCCUUGGAGCUGAUCGAAGGAUGUGAUGGAGAAUUCUCCACAAGAGGCUGGUUUCAGCAGACAUGUAAAUCUGUGGGGGGGGGCGGGUCGAUCCCUCGUCGGUUCAGUUCCACCUCACCAGAGAAACACAGGAAGCGUCACAGCCAGAGAAAGGCGUAGCUCACCCACUCCAGCCAAUCAAGAAGCACAUGGCCUUCCCGCUGACCAAUCACACGCAGCACGUGGUUCAGAUGGAACAGGAAACCUCCCACCUGUCAGUCAAAGUGCUGAUUAUCUCCAGAUCAUCACCUGGAUCCUCACGUCUCCCCGACACCACCUGACCCAACAUGAACCUGCUCCUCUCUCCUCCUCCAGGCAAAUCGUUUCUCAAGCAAGGCACCGAGACGAGGACGCCCCCCUGAGGACGGAGCUGGAACUACAGAACGAGUCGAAACACGAAUAACUAGCGACCUGACCGAGUUAGUCUGAGAGCAGAGCAAAUCAAAGAAAUGACAGAAAAUGUAAUGGUCUGUGUAACGUAGCCCUAAAGGUGAAAUUCACAACUUUUCCUUCGAGUGUAUGAGAAACAUUAAAUCCCACAAUUAUUUCUGGAUUACACUGAUAAAGCUAUGAUACCGUGUUGCCUUUUAACGGAGGAGAAAAAGUGGAUAGGUAGUUAGAUUUAGUCCCAUUUUCAGGACACUGUAGUCACACCACAGGUAGAAUCUCUCACAAGUUAAAACUCCAACACAAAACUGAGAAUAGACACAAGUGAGCGAGAGCCUCUUGAGCGAACGCAGCGAUGAUGAAGGUGUGAGGAAGAGGAGAGGAUUUACUCCGUCUUAAUCGAUACGUCAUAUGUUCAUUGAAAGAGUUCUUGUUCUCUUUUCCUGCUGUGAAGAAAAACCUUACAAACGCAAAUCCACGAAAAGACACACAACUCGUCCAUCAUCAUCAAUUCAGAGACGUUAAGUUCGGAAACACUAACGGUAUCAAUUUAGUUUGAAAACUCUUGGAAUUACAAAAGCGUAAAAACUUAAAAACGCAAAUUUACAGAAAAUGAUUAAACCUGCAAUAUGAUUGUUGGCCACUGGGAGGCAGCGGAAACUUGACAUCUGCUUUUCAUUCACCUUGAACUUGAACUUGUUAGUUAACCAAUGCUAGAA